GUCAUAAAAGAACUUAGAAACGACGUUGAAUAGAAAAGUGAAUAUGCAAAGGAGAAAUAGUCGUGCAGUGGAAUGCGACCUUCAAACAAGCAGUGUUCCUUCAAGUUUAUAUUGGAAUACUGAAGAAGUUGCGCAAUGGAUAGAAGAAUUAGGAUUUCCUCAAUACAGUAUAUGCUUUCGUCAAAAUUUUGUAAAUGGAAGAAAACUUAUUGCAAUUGAUGGUUCUGCACUUCCGAACAUGGGGAUCCACGACUAUGAACAUAUCAAGAAAAUAACAGAAUCAAUCCGAGACUUAUUGGGAAUUGAAAAGGUAAAGAAAAAGGAAACAGCUAUGAAAGAUCCACGAUAUGCCUAUAUGGAGAUAAAACGAAGAAGUGGCACCAUGACCGAUCAUUUAACAUACAAAGACUUUCUGAGAACAAAUAAAAUGUUCUUCCCUGACCAUGUCAGGAAAAUGUCAAUGUAAAUAUUUGUUCUAAGCUUGUAUCUUUCUGCUUUUAUUCUUUAAUUUUUGUGUAUAACGUAUUCAUCAAUUUUGAUCACGUUGUAGGAACUUUCAACAGUCUUUUAAAUUUAGUGUUGUCCUAUCAUGAUUAUAUUUAAGACUUAUUAUAUAUAGAAAACUUAUCUAAUUAAACAUUGAAAAAAAUGAAAUAAAAACUCUGUCAACA